AUGGGUAUGAAACUAACUUUCCUACUCUCAUUACUCAUUUUCUCAUCCUUGCUCUUUCAGACAGCACAAUCAAGAAGCCACCACCAUCGCUCAAAUCGCAUUCGCACAUGGUGCAACAAGACUCCUCAUCCGGAGCCAUGCAAAUACUGCAUGUCCCAUUACCCUCACCGCCUCACCCCAAAACACACCACCGAUUUCCGGAGGCAGAUGGUCCUGGUGGCCCUCGAUAGAGCUCUCAGUGCUAACUCAUACGCCUCCCAGUUCCAGCAAAACUGCGAAAGCGAGCCGCAGAAGGCUGCAUGGGCCGAUUGCUCGAAGCUCCUUGACAACACGGUCCACGAGCUCAACCGCACCCUGGAAGGCCUAGACGCCAAGCAUAAGAAGAGCUGCACCAAUUUUGACGCACAGACUUGGCUCAGCGCCGCCCUCACCAACAUUCAUACUUGCCGUGACGGAUCCAAGGAACUAAACGUGUCGGAGUUCAUAAAACCUAUCUACACGUCCAACAACAAUGUGUCCGAGCUUAUUAGCAACAGUUUGGCAAUUGGUUCACAACUCCUGGAGAAAGAAAAUCGCACAGCCACCGACGAAGGUCAUGAGUCUUAUCCCAGUUGGCUUUCAAACCACGACAGGAGGCUAUUGGCAGCUUCUUCGAUCAAGGCUAGCCUCGUGGUGGCCAAAGAUGGGUCGGGGCACUUCCGGACCGUCCAGGCAGCAUUAAAUUUGGCCGCAAAGCGAAAAAGAAUGACUAGAUUUAUUAUCCAUGUGAAGAAAGGUGUCUAUAGGGAGAACAUUGAAGUUGCCAACACUAACACUAACAUCAUGCUGGUUGGUGAUAGCUUGAGGUAUACGAUUAUCACAGGUAGCAGAAGUGUCAAAGGAGGUUACACUACUUUUAACUCUGCAACAGCAGGCAUUGACGGGCCUGGCUUCAUUGCCCGUGGCAUCACAUUCAGCAACACCGCCGGAGCAGCCAAGGGACAAGCGGUGGCGCUUCGAUCCAGCUCUGACCUUUCCGUAUUCUACCGUUGCGCCUUCCAGGGCUACCAAGACACUCUCAUGGUUCACUCUCAGAGACAAUUCUACAGAGAAUGUUACAUCUAUGGCACCAUAGACUUUAUAUUUGGUAAUGCUGCAGUUGUUUUCCAGAAUUGCAUAGUUUAUGUAAGAAAACCAAUAUGGGGCCAAGUUAAUGUCAUCACUGCUCAAGCACGAAACGACCCGUUUCAAAACACAGCUAUUUCAUUCCAUAACUCUCAAGUCCGGGCAGCCUCGGACCUCAAGCCGGUGGUUCGAUAUUAUAAAACGUACUUAGGUCGGCCGUGGAUGCAAUAUUCUAGGGUUGUCUUCAUGAAAUGUUACCUUGACAGCUUGGUCGACCCGGCUGGUUGGCUGGAAUGGCAAAGAACUAAUUUUGCUCUAAGCACUUUGUAUUAUGGGGAGUACAAGAAUUUUGGUCCUGCCUCAUCCACCAGAUAUAGGGUCAAAUGGCCUGGUUAUCAUGUCAUUACUAGUGCAAAUGUGGCGAACUCAUUCACCGUCGGAAGCCUUAUUGCUGGUCGAUCGUGGCUGCCGGCCACCGGUGUGCGGUUCACCUCAGGCCUGUGAUCAUAUUUUAGCCUACAUAUAUGUAUAGUAUGAUUGGAUCAUUGUGCUUUAAUUUAUAUAUAGGGAGAAUUAUUUGUGGUGGUCUUUCGAGUUUUGUACAUUUAUAGUUCA